AUGCCCCACUCGUCCAGCACAGCCGAGCGCAGCCCCGAAGAGAGCAUGGAUCCCGUGGCCGAGGAGCUGCAGCAGGUCCUGUCCAUUGACCAGAUCCGUGCCAUCCGCGCCUCCAACGACUACGUGGAGAGACCGUCCACGGCCUCCUUCAAGCAAGCUCACUCUGCCCCCUCGUUGUCCCAGCAGCAGGGGAGCCACAAGCAGGAGGUGGCGCAGGAGCGGCUGACUUCCUCCGCCUUCCAGGACCUGCAUCAGCCGCACCAGGCGCUCCCUUUCCAGCAGCCUUUGAGCCAUUCCAGCACUGCCAGCUCCAUCUCCCACGGCACCACCACCUCGGAGCAGCGGCUGCUCGGCGGGAUCACGCCCUCGCACUCCGGCCACUCCCUCGUCCGGACACAGCCCCGGGGCGGUGACCUGAAGCCUGAGGAGCUGCCGAAGGGGGCGGCCGAGAAGCCCCCCACCUUCCACUCAGGGCACCUCUUCAUCUGUGAGGAGUGUGGCCGCUGCAAGUGCGCCCGCUGUGCGGCCACCCGCAGCUUGCCCUCCUGCUGGCUUUGCAACCAGCGCUGCCUCUGCUCGCCGGAGAACCUCAUUGACUACGGGACUUGCCUCUGCUGCGUCAAGGGCAUCUUCUACCACUGUUCCUCGGACGACGAGGACACCUGUGCUGACGACCCGUGCUCGUGCGCCCCCGGCUCCUGCUGUGCCCGCUGGGUUGCGAUGAGUUUCCUCUCUUUGCUCAUGCCCUGCCUGUGCUGCUACUUUCCUACCUUGGGGUGCCUCAAACUUUGCCAGUGGGGCUACGACACCCUGAAACGACCCGGCUGCCGCUGCCAGAGCCACACCAAUACAGUCUGUCGGAAGAUCUCCUCUUCCAGUGGGGCAGCUUUCCCCAAGACUUUGGACAAGCCGGUAUGA